GUUGAAGUUGGUGACGUCCCCCCCCUCAGUGAACAGAACACAGACACACAGACGCCCGCAGCAAUGCCUAUCCAAGGAAUCCGCACGGUCGCGUCGGCUAGAAACGGUGUCGGUGCCUUUAUCCUGCAAUGCAAGCAGUUGGAUUUCCACUACUGUGACUGGGCUGGUAGCUCCCGGGGAAUGGUGGCUUACCUGAGACACCACCUCCAUGCCUUCGCCAAGGCGAACCCCCAGAUCGAGAUCCGCGUCUCGCCACGGCCGAACAAGCACCCUGUGAUCCGGGGCGUCUUCGUCAACGGACGCGAGAAGGUCAUCUGCGUGCGCAACCUCGAGCCGGAGCAAAUAGGCAAGAAGGCCAACCUGCUGAGGGAGGCCAGCGGAGAGAAGCUGAAGCGCACUACCAAGCCUGUGACGAGUAUCAACGAGAGCGUCAGAGGUAUCUGGUCCCCGUACCACGGAGGCCUCAACGGAGUGUAAGCGCGGGGUUGGGCUAUGUGAUCAUAUACCGUGGUGUUUUAUUGGGGGUCCGAACCUUUUCCUAUUCGACGUAUUAUGGGCUACUUCAUCUAGUGUUGUUUUGGGCACUUCGUUUUGCGAACUCGACGCUUUCUUUGCUUAGAUUAUAUGUUUCAUGUAUCAUAUGUACAAAAAUGUCUUCAUU